AUGAUAUCAGAACUUUUUACAGGUCUCUCCAAAGAUUUUUCGCGGUUGCUCAAAGAUGCCGAUGAUUAUAAUGUUAUUAUUGAAAUCGGAGAGGGCCCAAAUAUAAAGAAAUUUCGCGCACAUUCUGUUAUACUUCGGGCACGCUCUUUAUAUUUUCAUAGCGCUCUAUCCAGCGAAUAUUCGCGAAAAGAAAAUGGAUGCAUCAUUUUUAAACAACCUGGUGUAUCGCCAUCAAUAUUUGACAUGAUAAUAAACUAUUGUAAUAAAUUAAUAACGGAAGAUGCUCGAAUAUUAUUCGAGGCAAAAGAUUUUAAUUCCGUGGACGAGGACGUACUUGUAUCUGUACUUCAACGUGAUGAUCUUGGUCUGCAAGAAAUUGAAAUCUGGAAUAAGGUUAUUCAAUGGGGUAAAGCCAACACUUCAAAACUUAAAGAAAAUGUUUCUAACUGGAAAAAGGAAGAUUUCAUGUAUCUGGAAAGGACGAUGCAUAGGAUAAUCCCGCUUUUAAGACUUUUUCAAAUGAGUCCUGCUGAUUAUUGUCACAACGUUAGACCAUAUAAGCAAAUACUCCCAAAAAAUUUACAAGAAGACCUCUUGUGCUACUACCUUGCUAACGAUCAACCCAAAUCGACCAUAAUUCUUCCCCCAAGAGUGUCACCUAUCAAAAUUGAUUCGACCAUUAUUGGACCACAGCAUACGGCCCUUAUCGCGAGGUGGUUAGAUAAUGAACCCAUUGAAAUUGAUGAUUUAGUUUGGCUUGGGCCAAAGUUUGGUAAAGGUCCGGAUCUAUGGGUCCGGAUGAAUACAGACAAAAGUGGGGAAGCGCGUAAAGAUACUUAUGAAAGUAACGUUUUGGAAGUUGAAGGAAGAUUUAGAUGGAUAGAAUGCGAAAUAUUUUCUAUAAUGAAGAAAUAA